AUGUGCCUGGGUGCGGGCCAUGCGGCGUUGAGCGCCACCUGCGCCUCGUGUGUCGCUCUCCCCAGGGAGGAGAGUGAACGCAGGCGCGCGUUCUUCGCCGCUACAGCGCCCCGUCCGGACUCCUCUAAGGACGAGGAGUCUGAGAUUGACUGGGCCCCCCUCGACAUUCCACCUGUGCCCGCGGAGUGGGGUGACUGCGAGGACGGAGAGGUGUCGGAGGUCGGCUCUCUCCUCACGCUGGACGAGGUGGUGUCCAACCCGGAGCCGGACCGCUUCCCGCUGGACCACAUGCCUGGGCUCUACGCCACGGCGGCGGCCAUCAUGGAUGCCCCCCUGCCACCGCAACCGAACCAGAGGGUGGAGGACUUCACCUCUGGGUACGCAGCCCCUCGAGGGAGGAGGAGAGCCCAGCCCACGUUGUGCCCGCGUAUGGACCCGAUCGUCCAUUACGCGACACGUGAGUGGCCAAAACCCCUAGCGGCCAAGAGGCCCGCUUUGGGGUAUGGCAUGUACUGCAACGUGCAGGACUGGUCCUGGACAGGCGGGGUCCCGGACAUCGAGGACUCGGUUCGGGCGGCCCUGCACCCCUCCUCAUCCGUGUGGCCCAGCACCAGACCUCUCCUUCCCUCCGAGCGGGAUAGGAUGUCUCUGGCUAUGCAUGACAGAUGUUACGCCAAUGCGGCUCAGGUCGUCGCGGUGGCGAACAACAUGGCUUUCAUCACCGGGGCCCUGGAUAGGUCUCUCUCCUCUGACCAGGCACUCAGUGGAGACACCUUAGCCCAGGCGAGGACCACUUCAGCAGCGAUCUUGCGCAUGUGCCAAGCGCUAGCUGUCGAUGGCGGCCGCUCUAUGGCAGCAGCCCAGGUCGGGGCCAGACACCUCUGGCUGGGGGCGGUGAACCUCAGAGAGGCGGAGAAGAGGCAGCUGCUGGACCUGCCCAUCUCCCAGACGUCGCUCUUCGGUCCGGAGAUGCAGACGCUGAUGACGAGGCUGGACAGCGCGGCUAAGGACUCGGCUAGCCUAGCAAAACACCUAGCUACGAGACGCGAGGCCCGCCCACCAGCGCGGAGCCGAGACAGAGGCAGGGAGCGCUCGCCUGGCAAGCGCCCCGGACCAUAUCCACGCUCCGUGGUCCAUCGUUCCCCAGCGGCGAGACCCCCGGGCCCAGACAGGCACACGGGAGGUUCGCGGGACCAACACACCCAUCGACGGCCUCCCUACGGUAGAGGAGGUCGGGGUGGUAAAAACUCUUUCAAUAAAGGCCGUCCGGCAUUUCACCAGUACUCGCUGUCUGAGUCUCAUUUGGGGGUAUGUAACAUGUCAAAUGAUUUGAAUUCUGUUUGUGUUACUUCUCGAGCAUAUAACGUGGCUCCGCCAGGCCUGCAGCCCCCAGAGAAGGGCGUGCAGCGCGCUGUGCAGACCACGAGCUCCGAUUCACGGGUUCAUGUUUUGCCCUCCCGGAGAGAGGGCAGGCGGAGGGAUCUGAUAAGUGCUAAUGUGUGUGCUCCGGGCGCUAGCGUGUUAGCAUCUCUGAGCUACAAGGCUAACACGGGGUUUCCCAAUCCAGGGGCUCUCCCCCCCCUCCAUGAGGCAAGAGCCAAGGGGGGGCGCAGCAGCCGUGUCACGCGUGAUGAGCAGAGCUACAUUGCUAACACGGGGUUUCCUAAUCCAGGGGCUCUUCCCCCCCUCCAUGAGGCAAGAGCCAAGGGGGGGCGCAGCAGCCGUGUCACGCGUGAUGAGCAGAGCUACAAUGCUAACACGGGGUUUCCCGAUGCAGGGGCUCGCCCCCCCCUCCAUGAGGCAAGAGCCAGGGGGGGGCGCAGCAGCAGCCGGGUCACGUGUGGUGAGCAGUCCCGUACUUAUGACGUCGGACCUGCAGAACACGUGACCGCCCUCGGCGCUCACGAUUUCUACGACAUCUGGAAGGAGCAGGGCUUACUGUCAGAUGUUUGGCUGGAGAAAACUCUGCGCAGAGGUUACGCUCUGCAAUUUUUCCGAAAGCCACCACCAUUCCGAGGCGUACGGGCAGUACGCUCUCAGGUACGGGGAUCGACAGAGGCACUGGAAGCAGAGGUCUCCUCCCUGCUGAGUCGAGGCGCAGCAGUGGAGGUAGACCCGCAGGACGCCACCAGGGGGCUGUACUCCCCUUACUUUCUGUUUCGGAUGCUGUCCACAAGGCAGCUCCUCGAGUGUGUCAGGGAAGGAGACUGGAUGACAUCCAUAGACCUGACAGACGCAUACUUCCACGUACCCAUAGUGCCAGAACACAGGAGAUUUCUGCGCUUCGCAGUGGGAGAGAGGAAUUACGAGUACUGCCGUCUCCCUUUCGGGGAAGUGGCCGUGAGCCACACGCAAUGGGUCUUGUCCCACAUACAGCGUCUGGGCUUUGUGGUGAACAGGGAGAAGAGCAAGCUGCAGCCAGCCCAACGCAUGAUUUACCUCGGUCUGCAGCUAGACUCUGUGAUAUUCCGUGCUGCAUUGUCCGUGGACAGACGGACGAAUAUUACCCGUCUGGCCCGGGAGGUUCUGGCGGGCCCCAGAGUUCCCGCUCGGCGCCUCAGGUCCCUGCUGGGGAUGAUGGCAGCGGCUCAUGCUGUGGUGCGGCUAGGCCUGCUCCACAUGAGAAAUUUUCAGAGGUGGUUCUCGCGCCUCAGGCUUCACCCCUCCCGGGACGGGGGGAGGCUGAUCUGGGUUCCCCAAGGGGCAGCAUCGGACAUCAGGUUCUGGCUCACUCCGGGUCUACUGCGGGACGGAGUGACUCUGGCCUGCGCUGUGUCUCACGCCGAGGUGUUCACGGACGCGUCGCUCGAAGGAUGGGGCGGGGUCCUCGGCCAGAGCUCUGUAGGAGGCUGCUGGUCGGACUCAGCCCGUCACAUCAACCUGCUGGAGAUGGAGGCAGUGCACAGAGUACUGCUGCACUUUGCCCCUCAGCUGCAGGGGAGACACGUGAUGGUGCGCUCAGACAACACCACAGUGGUCUCCUAUCUGAACAGGCAGGGGGGCACCAGGUCCCCCGCUCUCCAUCGCAUGGCGACGGUGACGCUGCUGUGGGCGGCGCUUCACCUCCUGUCUCUCAGGGCGCGCACGUCCCGGGGGUCCGGAACGUGGGAGCCGACAGGAUGUCCAGGGGGGGGCCCACUCCAGGACGAGUGGGGCCUGGCCCCACGGGUAGCCGCGGAGAUCUGGCGGAGGUUCGGUCGUCCAGUAGUCGACCUUUUCGCCAGUGCAGAGAACGCACAGUGCCCGUCUGGUUCGCCUUAA